CCGCGCGACGUACACUUUUAAUAAAUAAAGCAAUGAACAGACUGCUGCGAUUUAAUCGGUGCGUCGACGACACGAUUUUUCUCGCAAUAUAAGCGACAUCGUUUUUUCAUGUGAUGAACACAUUGCUGCGAUUAUUCGUCGUGACGACGACGUGUUUUUUGUCAUUGAUGACGUUGAACCGAUCACAACAACAUAGUCUAGAAUGGAUUCUUCGGAAUCGGAGGAAGAUUUGAUCUUGCUGGUAGCUUUAGCAGACGAGGAGGAUCAAAGAAAAAGAAAAAUUUGGACUCAUGAGAUAAAUUUGGAAAGACAUCAAAAAGGAGAAUUUCAUACGUUAGUAGUGCCACAACUUCGAAAUGACGAAAAACGUUUUUAUAAAUACUUCAGAAUGAAAAUUGCUUAUUUUGAUGAAAUUGUAAACUUAAUAAGGGAAGAUAUUUCUAAGCUUGAUAUCAAUUUUCGUGAAUCUAUUUCAGCGGAAGAAAGACUAGCCAUUACUUGGAGGUAA